CCAAGACCCACACAUUCAUACGGAGAUGUGGGACUAUAAAUAGGAGGGAUGAAGCCAGCAGAGAUCAGAUUCUCUCUACAGAGACCUCUACAGCACAGAGAUCCAGACAUGGCACCUACAAUCACUGCAGCAAUGACCGAUUCUCAGGAGCAUCUGGCUCUGACUCACAAGCUCAGAAAGCCUCUGGUGGAGAAGUUACGCAGAGAGCGAAUCAACAGCAGCAUUGAGAAGCUCAAGUCUCUCCUGAGUCCAGAGUUCCUCAAACAGCAGCCAGACUCCAAGCUGGAGAAAGCAGACAUCCUGGAGAUGACAGUUUGUGUCCUGAGACGGCUGCAGCAGCAGAAUCAACAUGUGGACUCAGCAGCUGUCGGUCAGGGCUAUUCCAGAUGUGUCCAAGAGGUGACACACUUCCUGUCCAAAGAGCAGGUGAAGACCCAGUCUCAGAGAAGACUGCUGAACCACAUCAACAAGCUGCAGUCUUCCUCUGAUAACAACCUGAGAGAGGCUGACUUCUCUCUUCUGAACUCCACAGUCCAGACCAGCAUCACCAAAGAGAAGAGUCCAGUCAACAGCGCCGUCUGGAGGCCGUGGUAGACACCUACAGACUGGAGUUACUACCAGACAAACUGAGAUGACCAUAUUGGUCAAAAGUUAUUAUCAGAUAUAUUACUAUGAAAUAACAGAGGGGUCCGUGCAAAGUGUUUUAAUUAAGGUCAUAUUGGACUGACAUUUCCAUGUACUUUUGGGAAUAUGUUUUCAAAGAAAAUGAAAUCUUAUAUUUGUGAAAAUGCCAUAUAUUCGGGUAUUGAUUUAUCAAUAUAAUUAAAUGUUUGGCCAAUAUUGGCCAGCGUUAUCAAGCUUGCAUCAAGAUUAAUGCAGUGAUAGGAAUUGGCAAAUCUCAGCUACUUUCUGGUAGCACUUUUUCUUCCUUUUGGAUGUGCUUGAUUAAGUUUUUACUUUGUAAAAGAUUAUUGACCCAUGUUAGGUCUGAAGUCAUGUGUUCUGUCAUCAACAUUUUCUGUUGUAUGUCUAAUUUUUUUCUUUUCUUUCUCUCAUCUCGCUUUGUUUAGCUCGUAAUAAAUAAAAUCCCUGUGUUUUGUGAAAAUACUGAAGCUGUUAACUCUACUCGUUUUGAGUAUAUUGUCUUGGACUACAAGUUUUUACUGUGAUGUAUCAUCGCCAAGUGCCUCUAUGAUGUGACCCAUUCAAUUUUUUUGAAUA